AUGUUUUGUUUUAUUUUUCUAUCAUUUUCUCUUUGUCUUACACUCUUGUUUCUUUCUUUGUCUCUUGAUUGCUUGUUUCUUUUCGUUCAUCUCUCUUUUCUGUAUCUUUUUGAGGCUUUAUUUUCGCUUGUGUCUACUCUCUCUAUCCUCUCUCUCUCUCUCUCUCUCUUUCUCUUCAUUCUUUCGUUUGCUCGCCUUUUUAACUUACACUUUUUUCUCUUCUUCCACUUAUCCUCUUUCUCGUCUUCUUUUUUCAUUCUCUCAAUCAGUAUUCGCCUUUCCCGCCUAAACUUCUUCCCCACUUCCACCCCAACUCUCUUUCUCGUCAUAUUUUCCCUCCUCUUACUACAAAGGACUCUUGUUCAUAUACUCUUCUUCCUUCUUUCUCUCCGUCUCCUUUUCGCAUUUUUGCUUCUCCCCGGUCUCUCUCUCUCUCUCUCUCUCUCUCUCUCUCUCUCUCUGUCUCUUUCCGUCUUAACAAUUCUCUUUACCUCUCUUUAUUUUACCCUCAUUUUAUUUCUCUUCUCUCACCCUCUGAUGUUUCCUCAAUCUUCCUCUCUCUAUCUCUCUUCCACUCACUCUUUCUUCUCCUCUACCUAUUACUCUCUUUUUCUCCUCCGCUGCAUCUCCCUUGAUCGAUUAACAUCUCUCUAUUCUCCUUCAUUCUUACUCUCUCUAUACCACUUCCCUUCACUAUUUCUUCUCCUCUCCCUAUUCCCUCUCACUCUUCGCAUCUCUCUUAAUUGA